CGCCACCUCACCUCCUCCUCUCUCCUCUCUCCUCUCUCUCCCUCUGGAGAGAUUCUUCCCUCCAAUGGAUCUCCGACGGAGGCCUCCUAAACCACCGGUUAACAACACCUCCGACGGAUCUUUCCGUUCUUAUCAAACCCGCACUUCCGAUGACGAUCACCGUCGCCGGACUACAACGAUUGCUCCUCCACCUAAAGCAUCCGACGCGCUUCCUCUUCCAUUAUAUCUCACGAACGCCGUCUUCUUCACGCUCUUCUUCUCCGUCGCGUAUUAUCUCCUCCACCGGUGGCGUGACAAGAUCCGUUACAAUACGCCUCUUCACGUCGUCACUAUCACAGAACUCGGCGCCAUUAUUGCUCUCAUCGCUUCGUUUAUCUAUCUCCUAGGGUUUUUUGGUAUUGACUUUGUUCAGUCAUUUAUCUCACGCGCCUCUGGUGAUGCUUGGGAUCUCGCGGAUACUAUUGAUGAAGAUGACCACCGACUCGUCACGUGCUCUCCACCGACUCCGAUCGUUUCCGUUGCUAAGUUACCAAAUCCGGAGCCUAUUGUUACCGAAUCGCUUCCUGAGGAAGACGAGGAGAUUGUGAAAUCCGUUAUCGACGGAGUGAUCCCGUCGUACUCGCUCGAAUCUCGUCUCGGUGAUUGCAAAAGAGCAGCGACGAUUCGGCGGGAGGCGUUGCAGAGAGUCACCGGGAGAUCGAUGGAAGGAUUACCGUUGGAUGGAUUUGAUUAUGAAUCGAUUUUGGGCCAAUGCUGUGAGAUGCCUGUAGGAUAUAUUCAGAUUCCUGUGGGGAUUGCUGGACCAUUGUUGCUUGAUGGUUAUGAGUACUCUGUUCCUAUGGCUACAACCGAAGGUUGUUUGGUUGCUAGCACUAACAGAGGCUGCAAAGCCAUGUAUAUCUCCGGUGGAGCGACUAGUACGGUUCUUAAGGACGGUAUGACUCGAGCACCUGUAGUUCGGUUCGCAUCGGCGAGACGAGCUUCUGAGCUUAAGUUUUUCUUGGAGAAUCCAGAGAACUUUGAUACUUUGACAGUAGUCUUCAACAGGUCUAGCAGAUUCGCAAGAUUGCAAAGUGUUAAAUGCACAAUCGCGGGGAAGAAUGCUUAUGUAAGGUUCUGUUGUAGUACUGGUGAUGCCAUGGGGAUGAAUAUGGUAUCUAAAGGUGUGCAGAAUGUUCUCGAAUAUCUUACCGAUGAUUUUCCCGACAUGGAUGUGAUUGGAAUCUCUGGUAAUUUCUGUUCGGACAAAAAACCUGCUGCUGUGAACUGGAUUGAGGGACGUGGUAAAUCAGUUGUUUGCGAGGCAGUAAUCAGAGGAGAGAUCGUGAACAAGGUCUUAAAAACGAGCGUGGCUGCUUUGGUCGAGCUCAAUAUGCUCAAGAAUCUUGCGGGCUCUGCUGUUGCAGGCUCUCUAGGUGGGUUCAACGCUCAUGCCAGUAACAUAGUCUCUGCUGUGUUCAUAGCUACUGGCCAAGAUCCAGCUCAAAACGUGGAGAGCUCUCAAUGCAUCACCAUGAUGGAAGCUAUUAACGACGGCAAAGAUAUCCAUAUCUCAGUCACUAUGCCAUCUAUUGAGGUGGGGACAGUGGGAGGAGGAACACAGCUUGCAUCUCAAUCAGCGUGCUUAAACCUGCUCGGAGUGAAAGGAGCGAGCAAAGAGUCGCCGGGAAUGAACUCAAGGAGGCUAGCGACGAUAGUGGCCGGAGCAGUUUUAGCGGGAGAGUUAUCUCUAAUGUCAGCAAUUGCAGCUGGACAGCUUGUGAGAAGUCACAUGAAAUACAACAGAUCCAGCCGAGACAUCUCUGGAGCAACGACAACAACAACAACAUGAUAUGAAUCUCUCUGGCUCAAAACUCACAAAGAAAGACAACAAUCCAAA